AUGCAGCCAAACAUAGGCAAGGAAUCUUUAAGAGAAGAUAACGAGUUUCCACUUGAAACACUUGAUGGUAAGGCCUCUCUUUAUGAACUUCUUCGAGAAACAGUAAAAAUAGUGCUGUUAACAGACCUUAGUAGUGUUUUAUGGAUGUCUUCACAGAUGAUUACGAUGGUGUUUGUUGGUAAUAAUCUUGGAGUUGAUGGUAUGUCACAAUACAGCGCUGGUCUUCUUGUUUUUAAUGUAAUGGCUAUGUCGAUUGUUAGUGGAUUAGGUUCUGCAAUUGAUACUAUAUGUUCACAGGCUUUUGGACAAAAUCCGCGUUCACCUGUGAUUGGAGAAACACUACAACGAGCUCUUAUCAUAAAUUUUUUAUUCUGGAUAAUUAUGAGUUUCAUUUUUCUAAACAGUAAUGGUAUAAUGGUGUAUAUUUUCGGAAGCACUGUAGGUGAGGGAAGUUCCAGGUUCCUGGCGAAUUGUUCACUUUAUUUACUUUCACAAAUUAUAACUGGAACCAUCAAUAAAAUAUUGUUUGCUCAGAGACUUCCUGAAAUUGUGGCCUGUGCCAAUGGUGUGGCUGCACUAACUUCACCUAUAGCAAAUUACUAUUUAACUCCAAUGGGAAUUGAAGGGGCAGCUUUAUCAUUAACAUUUACUGUGGCAUUUUCUGCCUUUACUAAUAUUUUAUUUUGUCUAUUUCAUCCCAAGGUGGUUGUCCGUGAAGCUCGUUGGCCAUCACCGGCGUUGUAUCAAAAGGAGGGUUGGAUUAACUUUAUGAAGGUAGGAAUACCGUCACUAGUGGCAGUUUGCGCAGAGUGGUGGGCAUUUGAAAUUCAAUCUUUCUUUGCCGCUGCUAUUUCUUCUCUUGCACUAGCAGUUUUUGGUGUUGCAAUGAAUAUUGUAUCUAUGAUGUUUUCUGUGGCACUGGGACUUAGUGUAUCAGCUAGCGUCAUUGUUGGUAAUGCUUUGGGAGGUGGAAGACCUAUUUAUGCUCAACAAUACGCAAAAUUUAUACUUGUAUGUGAUAUCAUACUGGGAGCAUUAACUGCUCUAACUAUGGCUUAUUUUGGUAGUCACAUUGCUCAACUGUACACAAACGUUCCUGAAUUGGUUAGCGCAGUUGAGUCCACCAUGCCACUUGUGAUUUUAGCACAUGUGGGGGAUUCUCUUCAGUUUUGCUUGCAAGGCGUGUUUCGUGGAGCUGGUAAACCUGAACAGGCAGCACGUGCAGUUGUUUUAACACUAUGGCUUGUUGGAAUGCCAUCUUCUGCUUUAUAUGUAUUUGUCUUUGACUGGGGGGUGAAGGGUGUCAUUGGUGGUCUUCUUACUGGAUUCCUAUUUGAAAUUCCUUUAUUGUAUUUUAUGAUGUUACAAUGGGAUUGGCAUAAAUUGGCAAUAGAAGCUAAAAGAAAGUCCGCUGUACAUCAAUUCGUUAUGGUGGAGGAAGCCAACAUUAGCGGUAGCGAUGAAGGAGAUUUUGACAGCUCAUCGGUGAGGGAGGGAGAGAUGAUGUCAGUAUUGUAG